ACACUCACCGUUUGUGUACGAGUGUGUGUGACCAAGAGUGCGUGUCUGUGCGUUUGUUUGCGUGUGUGCGUACAAGGCAGCCAGUGGACGGCCCAUAAGGAGUCUACACCUAUCAUCACACACACACAAACGGCAAUAAGGAUGUAUUUGCAUUGCCUCUGCCACUGAGCAAGGUGUGGAGUAGUCGGCGCAGAAUGACAAAUCAGCCACAGAAGCAGCAGCAGUAGACGUAGCUGCAGCAGAAGCAGCAGCAACAUCAGCAGCCGCCAUGCCAAACCACAGCAAAGGCAAUUAUAGCAACAACAACAGCAGCAUCAACAACAACAACACCAACAGCCACAACAAAAUGCAAGUCUUUUAAGUGCGCUGAUCAAGUAACGCGUAAACAUCAUGAGCCGUCAGGAGACCUUAGCUUCCAAGACGUCGUCGAUGUCGCCAGGAGCGGCAGCAGCAUCAACAGCAACAUCAACAUCAACAUCAACAUCAACAACAUCAACAACAACAGCGAAUACAACAUGCAGCAAAAUAUCAACAUCAACACCGCAAAAACGAGAUGAAUCCACGCAGGAGCAACAGCAAGAGUUCAUUGAUCGAAGUUUGGCCAGUGAAAUUGGUGCAAGCGAUGCUAGCGCCAUAUGCGACUUGUCCAUCAACAGCAGCUGCAGUGAUGCCAGUCCCGUGGCCAAGCGUCAGUUAAACUCUGCCAAUUUAUCUCGUAUACGUCCACAGUCCAGUUACUCUGCGCGUGUACUCAUCUUUGAGGAUUCGGAUCAUGAUGCAGCCACUGCGGCAGCGGCGAAUGCAAGUGCUUUGGCGCAUGCUCAGUCGGCGGUAGGUAGUUCGUUUAACGCCAGUGCCGCUGAUGCUAGCAGCGGCGUUGAAAUGCUGCCUGCCUCGCCGGCAAAGCAGGCCGCCAACGAAAACAGCAAUAGCAAUAGCAAUAGCAAUAAUGGAUCCUCACUAAUACGCAAUCUCAAUUUAACUAAGAGCUCGUCGGGCGGCCUGUCAGGCAGCUCCAGUUCACUGCACUCGCGCGGCUAUACGGCGCUGCUGCGCAAGAUCUCUUAUCAGCAGCAUACGAACUCCCUACGCGCUGUCAGCAGCGAAGCGUCCAAUUUGUUGCGUAUGCGCCAUUCCUCGCUGGGCAAAUCAGCGCCUUGCCUAACUGGCAACUAUUUUCGCCAUGAGCUCUGCAGUGGCUCAGGGCCUGGGGCAGCUUCAGCUGCAGCAGCAGGUGCUGGAGGUAUUACUUCAACAGCUUCGCCUGGUCUGAAUAUCUCACGCUCUGGCAGUGGCAUUGCUCUGUCCAAGCAUCAUCAUUUACAUGGCGUCGUCAUGCGUGGGUCUUCUUCGGGUACUGGCAGCGGCGGGUCUAGCGGUGUGGCUCACCAUCGUUUGAGUCUGGUCACCAAUGCUGCUGCCAUAGCUGGUGGCUCCCGUGCUCAUUCGCCCUAUUCGGCAAGUCCGGCGGAUAGUCCGCGACUUAAUUCGCCCAUGCCGUUUGCAUUUGCGCCCAUCAAACGCAUCGCCUCUUGUCGCGGUGUCGCCGAUGGCAGACGGUGGUCGGUAGCAUCGCUGCCCUCCUCCGGUUAUGGCACCACACCAGGCAGCUCUAAUUUAUCGUCCCAAUGCUCCAGUCAGGAGGCGUUAAAUCACUUGCCCCACAAUUUGCCGCCUGGUCAGGAGGAUGCAGCUGCUGUUGCAGCUGGUGCCUGCUGUGCGGAACAUUUGAAGCAGCACUGUCCCAAACAUUGUGCUUUAUUGCUCGCUGCGCACAAGCCACAUCAACAGCAACCACAGCAUGCGCCAAAGCUCGCACAGCUGCAGCCACAGCCUUUAAAACCACCGAUCGCAUGCAUUAAUUGUUGCGCUGAUUUAAGCGUCGCCUGCAGUGGCAAUGCUGCUGCCAAUGCUAAUGCUGCUAAUGCAUCGAUGACGUCCUUGCCGGGCGGUCGCAUGUCGCCCUGUUUUCGUCCACGCUCCCGUUCGUUAUCCAGCCCAUCCCGUUCGCCCGUUGUGGACAAUGAGAUAGCUGUUAUGAAUACGUUGUAUAAGGAACGCUUCCCUAAGGCCACACAGCAAAUGGAGGAGCGGAUGAAGCACUUCAUCAAUGAGAACAAGAGCGCAGCAUGCAAUAGUUUUCGGGACUCACAGCCCAUUGUACGUUUUGUACACCAUCAAGUGCUGGAGAUGGCUCGUGAUUGUCUACACAAAUCUGAGGCUAAGCUGAUUACGUCACAGUACUUUUACGAGCUAAGCGAGAAUCUGGAGCGUCUGCUGCUGGAGACCAAGGAGAAAUCCCCGGAAGCUGCAGCUGAGCUAAGUGGCGUUAUCAAAAAAUUGUUGCUGAUUAUAUCGCGGCCAGCGCGUUUACUCGAAUGUCUCGAAUUCGACCCGCAAGAGUUUUACGAGCUGCUGGAGGCAGCCGAAGGUCAUGCCAAAGCCAUGCCUGUAAUUAAGGCGGAUAUACCGCAGUAUAUUAUACACAAGCUUGGCCUCAAUCGUGAUCCCAUCGCGGAGCUGCAGCAAGAGCUGCGCGAGACGCAGCAAAUGUGCUCAGAGCAGGUAACUGGCGGGGACAGGAUGCUGGAUAUGCAGCCAGCAGCCGGUGCACUAUUGCUCAACUCACCAUUAACCUGUGCGGCCAAGCAGCUGAGCAACCUCACACUGGAUGGUAUAACAUUGGAAACUGGUAAUUCGGGUGGCAGUGGCACCUGCACGCCUCAGCCGACGCUACCGCAGCAACCGCCGCAAACGCCAGUAGGCUGUGAUACCCAACCGACGCCCAGUUUUGCAUUAGCCAUAAGCCAGCUGAAUACGCCAGCAACGGAGACAACUGCUGCACAACAGCAACAGAUGCAGCAACAGCAACAACAGCAGCCGCUGCCUCACGAAAACGACUUUGACAUUGCCAAGCUGAUCUCAAAUGGUGCCUAUGGCGCCGUCUAUCUGGUUAAGCACAAGACAACGCGCCAGCGCUUCGCAAUGAAAAAGAUCAACAAAAAUAAUCUCAUACUGCGGAACCAGGUGGAGCAGGUGUUUGCCGAGCGGGAUAUACUGUCGUUUGCCGACAAUCCUUUUGUCGUUAGCAUGUACUGUUCUUUUGAGACUAAGAAACAUCUCUGCCUGGUAAUGGAGUAUGUGGAGGGCGGUGACUGUGGCACGCUGCUGAAGAACAUUGGCCCGUUGCCCGCUGACAUGGCGCGCUUCUAUUUCGCCGAAACAGUAUUAGCCGUGGAGUAUCUGCAUAGCUAUGGCAUUGUCCAUCGAGAUCUCAAGCCGGACAAUUUGUUAAUCACGGCUCUCGGUCACAUUAAGCUCACCGAUUUUGGACUCUCCAAAAUGGGUCUCAUGUCUUUGGCCACCAAUCUGUAUGAGGGUUACAUUGAUUCAGAGACUCGGCAGUUUUCCGAUAAGCAGGUCUACGGCACACCUGAGUAUAUAGCACCCGAGGUAAUAUUGCGUCAGGGCUAUGGCAAACCCGUCGACUGGUGGUCAAUGGGCAUCAUAUUGUAUGAAUUUCUUAUUGGCUGUGUGCCGUUCUUCGGUGAGACCGCCGAGGAGCUGUUCGCGCACACCGUUAACGACGAUAUUGAGUGGCCGGACAGCGAAGAUUGGCCCGUGCAAUCAGAAGCGAAAGAUAUAAUAUCACAGCUUCUGCAGCAAAACCCGCGAGAUCGUUUGGGCAGUCAGAUAGGUGCUUUGGAAGUGAAGGAACACGUUUAUUUCCAGGGCAUGGACUGGAAUUCGUUGCUCCGCCAGAAGGCAGAGUUUGUGCCGCAGCUGUCGCACGAGGAUGAUACAAGCUAUUUUGAUACUCGCAUGGAUCGCUACAAUCACGAUUUGGGUGGCGAAGAUACCGAUGACACCGACGAUACGCCAGUUUUUGGUAGCUUUAAUUCCUAUACGCCACAAUAUCGAAAGCAGCACUAUAGUUGGUCUCGCAAUGCAACUGCCACGACAACGGAUAGCACCAGAGCAACACCAACCACAUUGCCCUCGCGUGCGCAGGAAAAUGCAACGGCAACAUCGAGUAUGGCAGCCACAGGAGCAAUGCCCAAACUGAUGACUUCUAAUGCAAGCCAAGAGGGCGUGGUGAAUAAGUUCUUGAACACACCUCAGUUGCGUAAGCUGGAUCUCUCGUCCAGUUGUUUGAAAGUACCCUCCACUCCGGAUAGUGAGUUUUUGCCGGAACUGUUGCAUAACGUCACCAUUGGCAAUGAUGCUGAGUUGCGCAUGCUCAAGCAUUAUUUGCAGCAGCCAACGCCAGCGGCUGUGCGUCUAAAUCAGCGACACAGUAUGCCACCGAAUACAACAACCAUUAUAAGCACUCCGGCCACACCGCCGCCACCGACACAGUCGUCCACAGCAACGCCGCAACCAACGAGCGUGAGCAGCAUAUCUCGUAGUACGCCGGAGAGUUCACAAACGGACAGCGAUGAUUUUUCGCCGCAAAUCAAUCGCAAGCGCAAGGGCGUUUGUGCGCGUGAUAUAUUGCCACGGUUCUCCAUCUCAAUUGAAGAUGAAACCAUCAGCGCGGGUAGCUCCUCCACGGAAAACAUGAAUAUACGCGAGCAGUCGCCUCUAGCUCUACAACAUCAGCCAAAGUCUAUGGACAGCAGCAGUGGACCCAAUUCAUAUGGUAUGAAGCAUCAUCGUUCACGUUCUAUUGUUAAAUCCGCUUCGGCACUGGGUCUGUCGCUUAUGUCCUCGUUGGACAAUACGCAACUUGCGGCACAGCUUUGUGGUAUUCAGUCCCCGGGCAGUGCAGGCGGUGGCGGCAAUGGGUCAAGCACCGCUAGUUCAAGAGACACAUCGCCUUGUCGCGAACUUUCGCCACUGGUGACAAAUCUGAAACCACCCAUUAUAAUACGGCGUGGGCCACGUGGCUUUGGCUUCACUGUGCACACUAUACGCGUCUAUUAUGGGGACACCGAUUUCUAUACUAUGCACCAUUUGGUGAUGGCCGUGGACGAGGGAAGUCCCGCAUUUGAAGCAGGACUCCGACCCGCCGAUCUUAUCACUCAUGUUAACGGCGAGCCCAUCCAGGGCCUAUUCCACACGCAGGUGCUGCAGUUAUUGCUGAGUGGUGGUGAGCAUGUGACACUGCGAGCCACGCCUCUGGAGCAUACUAGCAUACAAAGCGGUGGUCGCAAGCGUGACCUCAUGCAGAGCAAAUUGGCCAAGAAAGGUGUUAAUCGCCAGAAGAAGCAAACAAAACGUGAACACGACAAGAAGCGUAAGACGUCGCUAUUCCGACGCAUAAGCAGCAAGCGAGCAAACGCCGAGAUGCAACAGUACUCGGCGGGCACCAGUUCACCCACCACACCAUCUGCGCGGAAUUUAUCACCGUUGGACUCAUCGUAUCACAGUAGCUGCUGUCCAUCGGCAGCUAAUUCAUCAUCGCAAUCUACUUCGCCGUCAUCUUCGUCACCUAACACGCCCACCGGUUCAAGUGGUGGUAACGGCGCUGGUAAUUGCAGUGGAGCCAAGUCUAUUGUCGCACCACCUAUCACAGCUUUGAGCGUGCAGCUGCCUUUGCCGCCGGCCAGUCCAGUUGUGUUGCUGCCGCAUGUGGGCGCUGUUGUAGGCAAUAGUGCCACUUCUGUGGGCAAUGUGCCUGUUUCACCCACUGGCGUUGUUCCGCAGUUGUAUCAGCGUCCCUCUACUUUGCAUGGUCUUAAGCACAAGUUACACGCAGCAUCCAGUGGCGCUGGUGGUUCAACUACCAGCGGCUCCGCUGGCAGUGGUCUAAAGACGCUUCACACUUCGAGCAACAAUGCGCUGCCCAAUCGACGCAAGUCUGUGGGUCACAUACCGCUAUCGCCUUUAGCGCGAACACCAUCUCCAUCGCCUUUGCCGUCGUCACCCACUCGCUCGCCAUCGCCUUUGGCGUUCCCUCUGGUGGGCCAUCAACCUGGCGCAUCCAAUACCACGCAAUCAUAUAGUCCAGGCAGUACACUGCCCACGUUGCAGACGGCCGUGAGUGCUACCAACAAGAAAGCUGGCUUUGCACGUACUAAGUCCGCUGAGCCGAGCUCGCCGUUGCUGAGACGCGCUUUGUCCCCGGAUCGACUACAUCCACGCAGCGCUGAGACAAAAAUAUCGCCGUUAUGCUGCUCUCCACCCAUUAAACAGCAAACCCAACAUCAUCAGCAUCAGCGUGUCGUGGCAGCAACAUGGCGACCGGCUGGCGGUGCAGUUGCAACUGGAGCACAACAACAGCAACAACAGGGGAAUAUCAGCACUGAGGAAUCUCAAAGGCAAACGACCUCAGCAAUAACAACAGCUGUAGCUGGUGGUACAGCCACAUCUUCAGUUGAUAAUCAAGCAUCGAACAAUGUAGCCAUAAAUAGCAACAGCUGUGAGCCUUUGCCACGAAUUGCCGAAGAGAAGGAUUCGCCCACUAGUAUACAAGACAGUAGCGGUGCAGCGGAGGUAUUUUUGCCGGCUAUUGAGGAGCAUGGUGAGAGUGAGACAUCGUCACCGCCACAAACACUGGAGAAGCCAUCAUCCAAAGUCGAUCAGCCGGAUAAGGCCAAAAAGGCCGAACAGGGUAAAAUCAGUGCGUCUAAAAAAUCUUCGAUUACAACGACUAGGCCAAUAAGUGCCAGUGAUUUCCGCAAGGAAUUAACAACAGCAACAACAACAUCAACAUCAAUAACAGGCAAGGGAUCUAUAGCUUCACCAACAACAACAGACGCGACUUUGGCUGCCAAGCAAAAAAAGUAGCGUCACAGAACUGGAUGUUUAUGUUUUAAAAUUUAAUGUUUAGCUUAUCUAAAUGUUCAGCGUAAAAUAUUAACAAAACGUAAUGAACGUAGGAGAAGCGAUCAGAAAACUAUUUGCAUGAUGAAUUGAUAACUAUGUUUGAGGGAUUGUGUUUUGUGUCGGCCAGCUUGAAUGCCGAUUUUGUGCAGAACCAUAUUCAAAAUUAGCUAAAACAAAAUGAAAAAAAAAAACAAAAAAAAAUUAGAAAAUUGUGGAAGAAUAUAGUAGUAUCUCGUAUCUUACAAAAUUCCUAAUACAAAUUGUAAAUUAGUAAAAAAAAUACAUAUGCAAAAUAUUCCAACUAAAAGGACAAUGUACUAGGAAUGUAAAGACGGCAGCAUGCAAUUAUCAAUAUUGUAUUUGUAUAUAAAUGUAUAACAUUGAUAGAAUUAAAGUCUAGUAAGAAAACGGAAACGCCCAAACACCUGCUGGUAACGGCUGAGUAAAAAGUAAUGGU